AAAAUUAAAGUUAUUUAACUAAUUUUAAGUUUGUUUUUUUAAUUUAUAAAAAAAGAAUUUAUAAAAAAAAAAGUUAUUUAAAAAACAAAAAUUAAUUAAUACUUUAGAAUAAAACAAAACAAAAUAACAUCAUCAUCAUCAUGAUCAAUAUGGACAUAAGUGUUACACCAAAUUAUUCAUAUAUUUUCGAUUUCGAAAAUGAUUUCAUACAUCAACGCACACGCAAAUGGAUGGUGGAAAAUUGGACCUGGGUAUUUUACUAUUGCGGCAUUUAUAUGUUGGUGAUAUUUGGUGGUCAACUUAUGCAAAGUCGUCCACGAUUUCAGUUACGUGGUCCCUUAAUUAUAUGGAAUACCAUGCUGGCCAUGUUUAGUAUUAUGGGUGCAUUCCGUACAGCCCCCGAACUUUUACAUGUUUUACGUCAUUAUGGUCUAUUCCAUUCCGUUUGUGUUCCUAGCUAUAUAGAACAAGAUCGUGUCUGUGGUUUCUGGACAUGGUUAUUUGUCUUAUCGAAAUUGCCCGAACUUGGCGAUACCAUCUUUAUAGUGUUGCGCAAACAACCCUUAAUUUUCCUGCACUGGUAUCAUCACAUCACCGUACUCAUCUAUUCAUGGUUCUCAUACACCGAAUAUACCUCAUCGGCACGCUGGUUCAUUGUCAUGAAUUACUGUGUACAUUCUGUAAUGUAUUCGUAUUAUGCCCUUAAGGCGGCCCGUUUUAAUCCACCACGUUUUAUUGCCAUGAUUAUAACAUCACUGCAAUUGACUCAAAUGAUUAUUGGCUGUGCCAUAAAUGUUUGGGCCAAUGGUUUCCUUAAGACACACGGACCCCAGUCGUGUAAUAUCUCACAGACAAACAUUAACUUGUCCAUUGCCAUGUACUUCAGUUAUUUUGUUUUGUUUGCCCGUUUCUUCUAUAAGACCUACUUGUCACCGGAGGGCAAGAAGAGCAGACGUAUGGCUGCUUCAUUGGCUGCACAAAAUUCCGCCAAACUAUCGACAUCACCUAAAACGACAACAAACGCCUCCUCAGCAGCAACAACGAAUGAUAAUGCAAAUGUUGCCGGACAUUUGCUUAAAUCGAAAGUGCAGUAAAUGUAUAUAAAGACACUUUAAUCAGGGGAAUUAAAAUUUAAAAAAAAAAACAUGUUUUAAGGUAUCUUUAAACUCUAAUUAAAUUAAUUUAAAUA